AUGGUGCUCGACGCGAAGGAUGCGCCGUUGCUGAAGACAUGGCUGAUGAAGCGCCUAAAGGCGUUGCAAGCAUCAUCACGGACCGACAGUGACGUGGACGCCGACAUCCUAGCCGAAUAUGUAGUGGCCCUUCUCCAGCACGACACGAGCUCAGCCAGUGCAAAGGAGAUGUGUCGGUCGGAGCUCUAUGACUUUCUGAAAGACGGUGCCCGACAGCCGUCUACAAAGCCUGCUCCGGGACCACAACCUCCUGCACCGACUACCCAACUCCCACGAGCCGGUGCCAGCCGUGGCUAUGGCACAGUCCAACCACCUGCAGGGUCCGAAUCGACGAUCCCCCCCGCAAACGGCUCGAGAAAACGGACAUACAAUGAGUCGUCACUGCCUGCAGCACUGCCCGGAGGAGCAGGUGACAGGGCAGCCAAGCAGCCGCGUCGUAGCAGAGGCAGCGCAGGCAUCUUGGGUGGUGGUCGGGGAGGAGCAGAUGUUGCAAUACAGCCCGGCUUUCCUGUACCUACGCACAGCGGCUACAUAGCAGCGCCAUUGCCACAAAUUCCGCCCGCCCCCGGCACGUUCAACCCCGGCGCGGCCGUGUUCCAGCCCGGUGCUCCAAUGGUGCCUGCCGGUAUGUCACCAAAUGGUCCGCAGCCCUUUUUCUACGGCAACGGUCCCGUCCCGCAACACCUGGUCGAGAACCUCAUGCGGAUGCAGCAGCAACUGGAGCUUGCGCUCUCAUCAUACAACGCCUUUGCCGCUUCGGGUACGAGCGGCCAGCGCGCCAAGAAACCAAAGCGUGCGCGCCGAUGCCGUAACCUCGAAAAGAAGGGUGUCUGCGACAAGGUGAACUGCCGGUUCGAUCACACGCCUGCCGGCGCGCAGAUUGGCCUUGCCAUGGCGCAACCGCAGCCUUCCCGGAGCGUCACAAUCGUGACGGCAGGUGCCAGAAAGGCGACCAUUGUGGUGAAACGUAUUCCAGACGAGUUUUUGAACGAAAAAGAUGUGCGAAGCCAAUUUUCCACUUUCGGCACCAUUGAGGACGUCAUGAUCGACCCCCAGUACAAGGUGGCUACAGUGUUAUUUGACACGCCCGCGGCGGCCCACAUGGCCGUCACAUCGCCCAAGACGCUUUUCGACAACCGCUUCGUCACCGUGUCGCAUUUUGACGAUGAGAAGCCUCAACAUUCCUCGCUCAAGCAGUUUGGUUAUGGCGAGGAAGAGGGAGAGGUCGGAGAGGCAACGCCGGAGUUGGACAUGGACGAGUUUCGGCGAAAACAAGAAGCUGCGCAAAAGGAACACGAGGAGAAGAAACGGCUGCUGGAAGAGCUUGCCGAGCAGCAGCAGAGCAUUGACGACCGCCUUAAGAGAAAUUUCGCCCAGCAGCUUGAACUGCGAAAAAAGAUUGUCGCCAACAUGUCCGCAAAGCUUAAACGGGGCGAUUCGCAGCAAGCCGCCGGUGACGACGACGACAACGACGGAACUAGUGGGGCCGAGUCUCCCGGUUCAUCGAAAUCCAAAUCCGCUGCGCAGGCACUGCAGACUGAACUGAUCCGCGCACAGCUCGCUACGCUCGAGACCGAGGCCAAACUGUUGGGCAUCGACCCGGACACGAUCCUGGGCGAACCGUCUCCAUCCAUGUCUGGCGAUGAUUGGCCGUCGCAUUCUUAUUCGCCGUGGACACCACCACCACGUGGCGACGGCUAUGGUCGGGGUCGGGGUAGCUAUGCCCCGCGGGGCCGUGGUGGCGGCAGAGGCGGCGGCCGCGGUGGCUACCAGCCAGGCUCCAUGUCACUUGUCUAUGCGGCCUACUCGCUCGACAACCGGCCGCGACGGGUCACGGUCAGCGGUUGCGAUUUCACCGAUCCCGCCAAGAGCGAGGCCCUGCGGCAACAUCUGUUGGGCGUCGGCGACUUUUCUGCGAUUGACACGACAGACGACCACGCGACCAUUACCUUUGGCGACCGCCGCACCGCCGAGGCCUUCUUUCACGGUCUGUCCCGUGCCAGCGGCGCAUCUGCUUCCCCAGACAGCAAGUUGAUCCCGGGCAUCGACGAGCCAGUCGAGCUCAGCUGGGUCGCCGGUGCGGUCCCUGCCCACGGCGACCAUACUGCAGGCGCACAGACGACCACAGAUCGGAACGGAACAGAGAGGAAUGGCCCCUGUAUCAUGGAGGUGGAAGACGAACUCGAAGAAGGUGAAGAACGGGAGAAAGACGAGCAGCGCGAGGAAGAGGAUCGCCGGCACCGUACGAGACUGCAGAGGCAGAACAUGGACUUUGACGUUGCCGACGAGGGCGAAUGGGACUUACAUUAG